AUGAGCUUCGCAAUGUUCAAUGCUAGAGAUCAAACAGGGUGUAGGCGGGUUGUUUUCGAGGUUCGUAAGACCGAGGGGCAGGGACUACAGUUUCCGAUCGGGAGAGCUUCGCUCAAAGACCCCGAGCGACGCGACCGUGAAGACAACUUCAUGUUCUGCGAGAAGAGUCUGAGCAAAAAGCACGCCAUUCUGUGUAUCAAAAGGCUGGUUCCUUCUGAGUCUGACCCCUUCGUGCCUCUUCUGUCACAGUUUAGGAUUUCAGUCCAGGACCUAGGCAGUACGCACGGGCUGGUGGACCUUCAAUCGCAGGACGCUGAUGCUUCUGUGAUUGAUUUGAAAAACGGUGAGCGCUUCGGGCUCAUCAAGCUAUGCCAGCCCGUCGCACCAGGUCAAUCGCGAGGCGCCAAGCUGAAGUUUCAGGUGUUCAUCAAGACUAACGAGAGCGACGACACCCACGAGACUUUAGAAUUGGUCCUACGCAAUGUUACGCACGAGUGGAGUCCUUAUGUGAGCAGACCAGCGACCGCUGCGGAAGAAGAGUUGGAAAUGCCUUUGUCCCCUUCGUCCUGCUCAACUUCCUCCUCGUCUUCUGACCUGAAUUACAGCGAGGACAUUGACUUGGACCUUGGAAAGUACGGGAGCAACGAGUCUACGGAGCAGGGCAGCCAAGAUGAGCAAGCGGAGCUUUCGAGGAUGGCGGAGGAUUGUAUUGAGACAGACUCCUCUCAUCAUACUCUGUUUGUCUCUGAUGAACCCGCCUGCUUGGCUGACAAUGCACCUACGACAUACGUAAGGAUGCCUGCUCCCUAUGAGCCCCUAUUUGCUCCCCGCGCAGAAUGCGAGGGUGCGUACAAUAGAGAUGAAACUGAGAUGUUCGACGAUAAAAACACGCCAGAGGGAACGCCAGAAUGCUUCGAUUGCUCCAAGUCCAUCAAUCCUUACAAUGAGGACGAAUUGUGUGACAGCGUGCGUGACCUUGCCGAAGAAGACUAUAGCUUAACUUCUAGAAAGAGAUCGUUUGAGCCAGAAAAAGAUCAAGAUGUUUGUUUAGAGAAAUGCAAGAAGGCCAAAACCGAUAUUGAACUCGACAAGGGUACAGAAGUUGGUGGGUCCAGGAGGCAGGUUAUCAUUGGCAGUAUGAUGGGAUUCGUUGCUGGGUCAUUAGGGACCUUGGGUCUUUUGGUUGGUAUUGCAAAUAUGGGUUAG